GUGACCUCUGCUGAGCCAGCGGCAAACUGCUUUUGCGACAACAGAAGCAAAAGCACUCGGUUCUCUGGGUCGGCGCCAGCACCGUGUGGCUGCGGUGUGUGUGUGGUGUGUGCGCUCGCUUGCUCGUGCCGCGCGUUUAGCCCGAAUUCGCCGGUUCCGCACGCCCUGAGCAGCCUGAACGGCCUGAGCAGCGACCUGACGCCAUCUGGGAGGCCGGCGUGAUUUCGUGCUCGAGUGACAUUGCUGCUGCGGCGCCGCAUCGGCAUCGGCAGCGACAGUGACAGUGCCCAGGGUGGUGCUGCUGCGCCCUGGCACCUGCAGGGACGAUGAUGCUGGCACAGUGACCGACCCUGACCAGUGCACCGACGGACAAAUGGCGAGCAACGGCAGCGAGGCCGCGAGGUGUCGACGGAAGCAGGCCAAACCGCAGAGGAAAAAAGUUGACCUUGACGAACUGGGAGAGGAUGACCGGACACACCCCGAGUCGGCAACCCCUUUGGUGAUGGCCAGCAGUCCGUCGGAGCCCCCGUCGCCGGCCCAGGCUGCCGACAAAGCGGCGGAGAGUCGUUCCCCGGCGCGGCCGGCGCCCCAAAUGAGCCCCGACGACAACCACAACCAUCGAAGCGAGAGCUCGAAAAACAUUGAACACCUAACGAACGGCGGCAAAGAGCCAGUGGUGGUGGUGGUGACCAACGGCCACCAGAACGAAGAGGAUGAGAAGAUUAAAGAGUACCUCGGACGCAGCGACACUGCCGUCAUUUUUCCCGAGCCAGUGGACUUGAACAACGCGUCUGAAAACGCAGUUGCUGCGCUGCCCAAGUCUGAGUCGUCGCCUGCCGCCCUGGAAUACAUCAGGUGCUCGCAGUGCCAGAAGAGUUUCGCGGGGUUCGCGGCGCUCAAAGCUCACAUCCAGUCGGCGCACGACGGCACCACCUCAGGAUCUCCGUCCCCGACGCCGGGCCUCAGCUCGCCCCUGGACCCGCCCCCGACGCCAGGAGGCGCCUUCGCCUGCCAGCAGUGCAACCUGGCGUUCGCUCAGCGCGACCACCUGGAAAAGCACGAGCUCACGCAUUCGCCAAACUCGCAAGUGGCGUGCAAGGUGUGCCACAAGCAGUUCGCAAACAUCUACCGCCUCCACAGGCACAUGAUCAGCCACGACGACAACGCGGUCCUCCGCAAAUUCAAAUGCCCAGAGUGCGAGAAGGCGUUCAAGUUCAAACAUCACUUAAAGGAGCAUAUCCGCAUCCACAGCGGUGAGAAGCCCUUUGAGUGCGCCAACUGCGGGAAGCGCUUCUCUCACUCUGGCUCCUACUCCAGCCACAUGACCUCAAAGAAGUGCCUCGUCGUCAACCUGAAGGUUGGGCGUGGUGCCCGUGGUGCAAACUCUGGAGACAAGAGUCAGCAGCAGACCUCCAGGGGCAGUCCGAGCGCCGCCUCGCCGAGCCUGGGCCCAAAGCGACGGCCCAGCCCUCCGGCGGCACCAGGUCUGGGCCAAGCCGCCUUUCCGUCGCUGUUGACUCCGGGCAUGGCGCCGACGCCGCCAGCUGUCCCGAGCGCCCUCCAGGCGUACCUGCAGCUGCUGCAGACCAGUGCCUUUCCGACACCUUUCCCUCCAGCCGCCUACACGGGCCACUUUGAGCGCAUCAUCUCCAACCUGAGACAACACGCCGGCGACGGAGGCGAGGGGCUGCCUGGGAUCUUUCCAGGGUUGCCAGGCUUGAGCCACCCUGACCUCAGGAACAAUAACCAGGCCAAGGAGGAGGAGGAAGGCGAAGAGCUGAAGGAGCACAGUGCUUUGCGAAUAACAGAAAUGAAAGAAGAGGUCGACGACGAGAGAGACCACGAGCAGGACGAAAAAUCUGAAAUCGACAUGGAGGACAUUCCGGAAAAGUUGGAAGUGAUGAAGUUCCACGAGGAGAACACGAGCGAAGAAGCGCAGUCUGACCCUGUUAAGAACCUGGUGCAGAUUGUCGGCUCAUCCGUGACCAAGGAGCGGCUGGAGGCCAGGAUGCAGAGCCUGACGCCGCCGCCGGUGCAGGAGCACGCUGAAAACCAGGAGGAAGGACUCGGAGCCAAGCUGGAGGCCAGCGUGACUUUCAAAAGCGAGUCGGGCUGCAGCGACGACAACGACGACUCCGCCAAGGCCACCGACGACGAGAGCAGCGCCAAGAGCAGAAAGGUCAGGGUGCGCUCGCAGAUCGGGGAGGAGCAGUUGGUCGUCCUCAAGGCCUACUACCACAAGAACCCCAAGCCCAAGAAGGAAGAACUCACAGCCAUUGCCGAGCAACUCGGUUUCACCGAGAGGGUUGUCCAGGUCUGGUUCCAGAACACAAGAGCGCGUGACCGGCGCGAGGGGCGCCUUUUGGGCCCGUUCCCGGGCUUCACCGAGUACCCACACAUGAACGGCUCGCUGAUGGCGCUGAACAACAACAAGGUGGUGCCGCAGCCUGACUUCAACCUGCCGCUGGACCUGUCGACCAAGAAGCAGCCGAGUUCGCUGCACCUGCCCUCGGUGUCGUCGCAGUGCAGCUCACCCAAGGGGGGCCUCUCCGACUCGGACGACACGGGGGCCAUCAACCUGAGCCGCAAGUCGUCGCCGGCGCCAUUCCGCCCCUACGCCCUGGAGCACCAGCUGUCGCACCACAGCGCCGUCGUGCCCACCCUCAUGUUCAGAACGGCCGCCAGGGACCACAGCCCCGCGCCGGCCUCCUCGCCCAACAGCUCCGACCUCGUCAGCUACAGCGGAAACAGACUUAAGUCCAUUCUCAGCCAACCCACGCCCGGAAACUUUUUCGGCAACGAACUCCUAGCCGCUGCCAUGAAUGGACACUCCGGCCCUGCCAGACACUGGAAGCAGUCUUAUCUUGAGUAUGGUGAGACUGCCGACGAAGACUCAACCAGCAUGGGGGAAGAGACGCCCCGCAAGAAACGUCGCACCCCAAACAUCCCCUCACCGAUUGGGCCGACAAUGGUGCAGUCGGGCACAAUCACUCCUCUCAAACUCGGCCAAGGAGCGCAGGAGGAGGAAGGCCAGUUCAACUGUGACCAGUGCGACAAGUCGUUCUCGAAGCAGAGUUCGCUCGCCAGACACAAAUACGAGCAUUCUGGUCAGAGGCCUCACAAAUGUGAUGUGUGCAGCAAGGCGUUCAAGCACAAGCACCAUUUGACGGAGCACAAGCGGCUGCACAGCGGGGAGAAGCCGUUCCAGUGCAGCAAGUGCCUGAAGCGCUUCUCGCACUCAGGUUCGUACAGUCAGCACAUGAACCACCGCUACUCGUACUGCAAGCCGUACCGCGAGUAGACUCCCUGCGUGAGCCAUUUCAGCACGUGUAAAUACGUUUGAUACGCAAAAAUGCAAUUGACAAAUUUUUAUUGUGAACAUUUUGAGCUUAAGCACACACACACACACAACAUGAUGCAAGGACAGGAACAAUCUGUUGCAUCAGCAUUCCUCAGAAACACUCUACUUUUAUCCAUCCAUGUCGUAAAAGGAGAAACAGCUAACUAAGUGUUUUAAAGUUGCUAAUAUUAUAAUUGUAAAAACUCGUCGGUAUGCAAUUGUGCCAGAUUUUAGCACCAACCGCGCGCUUCUUCCUAUUUCCAAAGCUAUUGGAACACUAGACCUUAUUGUUAGCAUUAUAGGCCAAAGAGUAGAGAAAUUUCUCCUUAAAGUAGUCGGUCGAUCCCUGAAAUCUCAUUAUUGAUGUCAGGAAAUUCAUUCGAGCCACGUCCGUUUUUCUAACGUGGCCGUCAUUGAAACUUAAGAAUCAACCAGGUACAAAGCCUUUUUAAAGCCAAUCUCGUCAGCUGAACAAUAACGUAAUCUAUUUGUAAUUUUAAUCAUAUGACACGCAAUCUCUGUUUUUGUUUUGAUCAUAACAAGCCGUUCUCUCUAGUCGAUUUCGUUUCACGCGACGUUUGUGCCAAAUCCACACAAAAAUCGGCUGUCUUCCGCCUACAGACAAAAUUCGCAGGAUUAGUGGUCAAGUUUGAAUUUUAAAAGUAUAAAUAAUAAUAUUCUAUAUAAAUCCGUAGUGGAAUCUCGAGAGAAUCGAUCAAACGAGCGCACUUGUUAUGUACAGAGAGCCUCACACACUCAUAUGCCCACACACACACACCUACACAUUAAAUUCGAAUUGUUACCAAUUCAAAAAAUAUAAUAUGAUAUAAUUAUCGCGCAUGGAAAUGUAUAUUUUUAAAGGAAUAAAAGAAAAUUGAGUAUUUUAUACUAAAGUUAAGAGUUUUCCAAAUCAAUAAAGCGUGUUAGCAGCAUUUUCACAAGAAAAGUGCUUCCAGCUGAACAAAUAUUGCGGAAUUAGGUGAGAGAAUUCGAAAAACUGCGCAGCUCUGUGUUCUUGAAGACAAUAUAUUGACGAAAAAGUACCCUACCAGCACAAUAUGUGUAUAAAUAAAACGACUGUUCUCACACAAAACGAAUCGCAAACUGGAUCACGCGUUCACACCCACACUCGAGUACAUUCCACUGUAUAAACUAGAAUUUAAAACUGGGCUCGACAAUAAAUAAUUUGAGUUGUGAGAUGUGAAAGUUUAUUUGCCAUAUAUAAAAAAGUACGCGUUCUCCUCGGUUCUGCAUCGAGAAUGGAGCCGUAAGAACAAAUGAUAAUUAUUAUAAAUUGUACACAAUUGAAAUCACACGGUGAGUGAUAUUAUUUAUACACACACGUACGCAGAACAAACAACUCAUUGGGCGAUUUCAUUACCAGCCUACUAGUAACUGAUAUUGAUGUACAUACGUGCGAAUAAAUUAAAAGCCAAAGCGUUAGUCACUUGGUAAUGGAAUCGGCGGGCGGAUAUGCAAGAGUUACCUCUCUUUUUGAUAAAAA